GAGGCAGCCAAUGGGAGGUGGGCGGAGGGCGGGCUGAGAACGUUCCCCUGGAAAAGGCAAGACUUUCGCCGUUUUGCAAAAGGAAGGAGCCGCCGGCCUCAAGCCCCGAUUUCGGCCCAGGCCUCCCAUUCCACCAGCCACUAACUGGAGAUGUCUGUCGGGGGAAGAGAACUGGCUGAAGAGGAGGCGAAGAAAUAUGUUAAUCGCAACCUAGACAUGUUCCAGCGCGUCCAAGUGAACCAAAUGAUCCACUUGCCAUGUUUCACCGACACAGAUCGGCAAAAGAUCAGAGCGAUCUGCGCCAACGAAGGAAACAACGCAACCACCUUCUUUUUCUUUCAACACUUGUGCUGCAGGGAAGGCUGGGUACCGCUCUUCGUGGACGCUCUCCGCGAACAGAACAUGGGCGACUUAGCUGACAAGCUAGAAAGCGUCUAUCUCAGCAAACUCCUUUCCCCGCGAAGGACCCCUCCAGCAGCUUCGGCACCCCCAGCUGCCAAUCAGCCUUCGGCUCCGCCUCUCUUGCCUGAAGCCCAAGCCCUUCCCUCGUCUCCCCCGCGAUUGGCCCCUUCAUCUGCCAAUCCGCCCCCCCAGGAUACGGGGGAUUACCGGACUCCCGUUCAAGAAAACAGCCAUCCGGCGGAAAAGAGCAAGUUAGCGGUACAUCCUAAGCCCACAGACAAAGGGGCAGAGCCAGUUUUUUCCUCCACUUCUGACGUCAGUUCAGCAUCUAACAUCGGAGCGGCCGUCAGAGGAGACAGAGCGAUGGAGUCUCCAGAUCCAUAUCCUUUCAAAGUGUCUGCAUCGGUCCCGUGCCCUGUGGAAGAGAGACCGCUUCCCUCCCAAACGAUUUUAACCUCGGCUGAGGAUAGCGUGGAGCAGAAGUGGGACGGACGCCAGCACCGCCCGGUGACGGUGAAAAACGGCUGUUUUGGGAACGUGCACCGCCCAGAGGAUAGUGGGACGGGUUCAGCGUUGCCCACUGGCGUCUGUAGUAAUCAGCCAGAAGAGGAUUAUUAUUCGAGCGAUAGCGUCCCGUUGGCUUUGGGUGGUCAGAGAGAGGAUUCGACGGCCGAACGGAGGGUUCAUGUUCUCCGUGGGGAUCAAAAACGGGAAAAUCAGCCAGUUGUGGACAGUCUACAAAGUCGCCUGUAUUCCCCGAGGAAAAAUCCUCCAGCUUCCCAUGGGUCGCCAGAAAACCAGACGCAGCCCUUUGUGGAUCCUUCGUCUCGUAGCGCUCCGGCGAACGGUGCCCAGCCGUCCUUUACACCAACGGGACCUGAGCCUCCGCUUCCGGUCCCCAACCCUGUUCCUGAACAUCUGAUUCGUCUUCCACCUUUGGAUUCGGACGGUUCCUCUUCCGUCAAAACAAAGGCAGCAAAGCCUUAUCAGGAGGUUUCAGCUGCCGGAGGCGAUAGACCUUCAGAUGACUUUAAGCUUCCCGUGGAAGAGAAAAGAUCUUCGGGAGAAAUCGCCGGCAAGGGUUCCAUGGCAGGAAUGCCGCAGCGGGGGAUGGAGACUCGGCCUUCAGCUGUUGGGGAUCAUAAGAGAAACAGCGACAUCUUUCAGAACAACCGUAGUGAGAACGAUAUGCCUUCCAAGCCGGGCGUUCUGUCUUCAAUUCAUGCUGCAGAACCCAGCAAGCUCGGCUCAGGCGAUGGCGGAGAGACCAACAAUAUGUAUUCCGGAUCGUCAGAAAGAUUACGCAUGAGCAGCAGUGGCUCCACUUCGGUGAGCGCGAGCGACAGCGACCCCAUUUUGAUCAGCAAAAGCAGCUCGGCCCGCCAGUCCACCACGAGCGCCACACAGGGAAUUAACCGGAAGAGCGGUGCCAUCGACGCUACUCUUCCACCCGAGGUCGACGCCGGUGAAGAAGACACGUCCUUCAGGAGUCACCAUCUGCUGGUGGAGGAGAAUCAAAGUUUCGAUCUCAUGGGGGCUCCUUUGGAGGGGGCCUCCUCGCGACCUUCCCCGAGGGAUUUCCCGGAUUCAACAUCCAACGGUCAACCGGAAAACAAAGCCAAGGACCACCAGGCGGAUCUUUCUCUUCCAGAUGAGAAAUUUGAAGAGGCUUCUUCAAGCGACUUUCGGAUGCUUUUUGCGGCAUUUGCUGUGGCAUGCCUGGCAGCAGUUUAUGUGCUGUAUAAGAAGAAAUAAGCACCGGAGUCACCGAUCGGUUGUUUGACCAACUGAAAUUCACACCCAGCCACUGUCUCUUCCUACCGUGGCUUGAUUCUCUUUCUUUAGAUCGCUUUCUGCCACUGAUGCGUGAUGCUCCCUGCAGGGUUGAACUCUUAUCCUCACAAUACGCCUUGCUUAUUUCCUGUAGUCUGCCUUUGAGUCAUUAAUGACGACUUUCGACCUAGGUUAUUUUAGAUCGGUCAGUUCGGUGGCCUCAUUCCCCCACAAAUAGCCCAGCGGAUCAGACCUAGGACUUUUCUGAGAAAUCACCAGAAAAGCAAAAAAAUCUGGACAUCUUUGCAAAAUCCUGAAAGCUCGCUUCCACAUAGUUGGCAAGGAAAUAAUUGCAGGAUCUCGGCAAAUUUUCGUUUUUUUGUUUUUUUUAAAAAAACGGUCACAUCGCAAAGAAUACGCCGGCUGGCGUGGACGAGUGACCGCCUUCGUGAUUCCAGUGGGUAGGUUUUUUUGAUGGGGCUUAGAAAAGAAAAAAAGCAAGUAGCAUCUUUACUAUGUCCCGACGUUCUUUUGGAUACGCAAGAUGUUAUUGCUGAACCCUUAGAAACGA